CACCUUCAAACUACACAGUCCACUGAAAACUUAACUGACGCUCUCAAUUGAUAUGUAACUUAAUUUAUGGAUGGAAGUGUAUUUUCUUGGGGUUCCCAGCGUGAGGCAGUAGGCUUCUCUUCCCAAAGUAAUGAUGUCCGCCGAGCGUGGGGGUUUCUGGGUAAAUUGGAAGCAGGCAAUCGUGUUUAUGUCCUGCCUCAGAAAAGAUGCUUCUUCGCGGGGUGGGCAAGGCUUUUCCAACUGCGAAUGGCAGAGGGCGAUUACGGAUCCCCUGUGUGGCCCAAUCAUAAAAGAGGAAAGAGGGUCCUUCUCUUCGUGGCCUCGGACGUGGACGCUCUAUGCGCCUGCAAGAUCCUUCAGGCCCUGUUUCAUUGUGACCAUGUGCAGUACACACUGGUUCCAGUCUCCGGGUGGCAAGAACUUGAAACUGCAUUUCUUGAACAUAAGGAACAGUUUCGUUAUUUUAUUCUCAUAAACUGUGGAGCUAAUGUAGACCUAUUGGAUAUCCUUCAACCUGAUGAAGAUACUGUAUUCUUUGUGUGUGAUACCCACAGGCCAGUCAACGUUGUGAAUGUGUACAAUGACACCCAGAUCAAAUUACUCAUUAAACAAGAUGAUGACCUUGAAGUUCCUGCCUAUGAUGACAUCUUUAGGGAUGAAGAAGAGGAUGAAGAACAUUCAGAAAAUGACAGUGAUGGGUCAGAGCCUUCUGAGAAACGCACACGGUUAGAAGAGGAGAUAGUGGAGCAAACCAUGAAGAGGAGGCAGAAGAGAGAGUGGGAGGCACGCAGAAGAGACAUUCUCUUUGACUACGAGCAAUAUGAAUAUCAUGGGACAUCGUCAGCUAUGGUGAUGUUUGACCUAGCAUGGAUGAUGUCCAAAGACCUGAAUGACAUGCUGUGGUGGGCCAUCGUUGGACUGACGGACCAGUGGGUACAAGACAAGAUCACCCAAAUGAAGUACGUGACAGAUGUUGGCAUCCUGCAGCGCCAUGUGUCCCGGCACAACCACAGGAAUGAAGAUGAGGAGAACACCCUCUCUGUGGAUUGUACACGGAUCUCCUUUGAGUACGACCUCCGCCUGGUGCUUUACCAGCACUGGUCUCUCCAUGACAGCCUGUGCAACACCAGCUACACUGCAGCCAGAUUCAAGCUUUGGUCUGUGCAUGGGCAGAAACGACUCCAGGAGUUCCUUGCAGACAUGGGGCUUCCCCUGAAACAGGUGAAGCAGAAGUUUCAGUCUAUGGACAUUUCCUUGAAGGAGAAUUUGCGGGAAAUGAUUGAAGAGUCUGCAAAUAAAUUUGGGAUGAAGGACAUGCGUGUGCAGACUUUCAGCAUCCAUUUUGGUUUCAAGCAUAAGUUCCUGGCCAGUGAUGUGGUCUUUGCCACCAUGUCUCUGAUGGAGAGCCCUGAAAAGGACAGCUCAGGGACGGACCACUUCAUCCAGGCUCUGGACAGUCUCUCCAGGAGUAACCUGGAUAAGUUGUACCUUGGCUUGGAACUCGCCAAGAAGCAGCUACAAGCCACCCAACAGACCAUUGCCAGCUGCCUCUGCACCAACCUUGUCAUCUCUCAGGGGCCUUUCCUCUACUGCUCCCUCAUGGAGGGCACUCCAGAUGUCAUGUUAUUCUCCAAGCCAGCAUCUCUGAGCCUGCUCAGCAGACAUCUGCUCAAGUCCUUUGUGUGUUCGACAAAGAACCGACGCUGCAAGCUGUUGCCUCUGGUGAUGGCUGCCCCUCUGAGCACAGAGCAGGGCACAGUGACUGUGGUAGGCAUCCCCCCAGAGACCGACGGUUCUGACCGGAAGAACUUUUUUGGACGGGCCUUUGAGAAAGCAGCAGAAAGUACCAGCUCCCGGACACUGCACAACCACUUUGACCUCUCAGUAAUUGAGCUGAAGGCUGAGGAUCGGAGCAAGUUCCUGGAUGCCCUUGUCUCUCUGCUGUCCUGAGGAAUUUGAUUUCUUCAGAAGUGACCUCUUCCUUAUUUAUAUUAAUGGGCUUUUAUUUAGAUUGUAAGUUAUGGAUAUAGUUUGAGAUAUAGGAAUAGUGGUUUUUAAUGGAAUAAAAUGCUUAUUUGAUGUUC